AUGGAACAUCAACGAGGAAAUUCAUCAUCUUUAAGCGUUCCUUUCACUUUUGAGCAUUCGAAAAAUCUUGGAAAUAAAAUCCUUAAACCCAUACGUCAAGAAAAAAUAGUUAAAGUGCCUGUAACACAAUAUGUAGAAAAAAUAAUAGAAAAAGAGGAAAUAAAAUAUGUAAAUAAAUAUGUUGAUGUUAUAAAACCAAUAAUAACAUAUAAAACAAAACAUAUAUCAAAACCAAUAUACCUAGAUAAAAUUAAAUACGAACCAAAAUUAAUAGAAAAAGAAAAAAUUAUACAUAUUCCAAAAAUAGAAUAUAGAAAUAAAGUUGUGGAAAUACCUGUAUAUGUUCAUAAGGAAAAUAUUAUAGAAAAAAAAGUUCCUUUAAUAAUUGAACGUGUUAUACCAGUUCUUAAGGUCAAAAAAAUAGAAAAAGAAGUUUUAACUGAUACUGUAGAAAUACCUGAAAUUUGUGAAAUAACCAAAGAUGGAACGAAUGCAAAAAUUAAGGAAAAUAUUUAUUAUGAACAACAAAGGGAGGAAGAAAUACCAGGUAAAGUGUCUAUACGAAGUAAUGCGUAUGUAGCAGGUGUAGAAAGUGUAGUAAGUGCAGCAAGCGUAGCGAAUGUGUUAAACGUGGAAGACGAAGCUUGUAUCACAAAAGAAUACAAGGAUGCUUACAACAAAGAAACAUACAGAAAUAUGGAAUCAACCGAUGAGUCACCGGUUAUAUGUUCAUCUAAGCACGUACCCCAUUCAUCAGUUGGAAAAUUUAAAAAUCAAAAUGUAAAUAGGAGUUCACCUAGCAAUGCAUCAUCUAAUGAAGACUCUUAUACAGAAAAAUUAGAACAUAAAAAUGAAACCACCUACAAUGAUGCUACCAACGAAAGUGCACAUUAUGGUACAAUGCCAGAUGAUUCUCCAUUAAUGAUUGAUGAAGAAAAUACUUCUAAAAAUUACGAUCAAAAAAGCAUGGAAGAAGAAAAUUAUUAUGAUAUAAAUGAACAUUAUAAAAAUUCAAAUAUAAACCACGUGAGUAUAAAUUUACCUAAAACAAAAGAUCAAUUUCAGGAAUCAUUUGAACAACAAUACGUAAAUUUUUGUGAUAAAAAGUAUAAUUUUGCUUCAGAUAAUAUAAUACAUAACAACCUCCCUAUCAUUAAUUAUGACACAAGUAAUAAUAGAUACAUUGAGGAUAACAUGAAUGAAUUAAUUAACGAACAGUUUAUGCGAGAAUCUUCUAAAGACACUCUGAGACAUAUAUCAAAAACAGCAGAAGAUAAAAAUCGACAAAUAUUAUGUACAAAAUUAAAGGAUCAUAUUGAUAUAGAUCAAAAGAAAACUUCUCUUCCAUCAAAUAUGCACAUAUCUUAUGAAAAUUAUUCUUCAUCACAGAAUGCAUAUAGCCAACGAUCCGUUACAGGUAAAUCAAAUUUUAUGCCUUCUUAUGCUAACAGUAAUGGGCAAGCAUUUGUAUCUGUACGUCCAGCAACAAUUCUAGAGUACGUUCCAAAACAGAGAAAAUAUAAAUCAUCAUUCUGCAAUCUUAUGAAGAAUUGCUGUGGGGGGUCCAGCGACUGUUAA